AUGGAGGACGAGGAGGAGUCCUCGUGGUCGGAAGAAUUUCGGUACUUUGUGAAAGGAGGUCCAGUCCCGAUUCCUAUGUUCAACUGUGCUAUCAUAGAAAUUCCCGUGUCGGUGAUAAGCAGCACUGAAGUAUUGCUCAGAAACCUGACAGAAUCAUCUGAAGCCACAGUGACAGGGGCUACUAGUUUCCCGACUACAGAAUCAUUUUCCAAAUCAUCAGCAGUGAUAAGCACUGUGACUUCAACUUCUAUUCAUCCUGGAUCGACUCUUUCUAGCAUAAUUACUUCUGGACACUCCACAACCGCCUCAACACAAACAACAUCAACACCAUCUAGUGGCACUGCCCCUGGCGUGUCUGCCGGUACAACAUCUUCACCCUCCGUCCAACAAACUACAUUCUCCACAACAUUACGACCCACAACGACCAAAUUCACCAGCUCAAGCAGCGCUGUGACAACCGCAACACCAACACACUCCACAUCAACAACAUCAACAACGUUUUUCACAAUACUAACUAAUGCAUCCACAACACCAUUUACAUCAUUCCCGUCGUCAAGGACGACAGUUACAAGCACAAACACAACCCCAACAACCGCAACUACGUCUACAACAUCAGGAAAGACCACAAGUUCAGUCACUCCACCAAUGCCCUCUCUAUCCCCUACGUGGACAACAGUGACAAGUACACCCAACACAUCUGCCAUGACAGUAACUACAGUGACAUCGUCUAAUAUGUCAACGUCAACAGCCACGACUUCUUCUAGCACGGCGCUACAGACAACGAAUUCAACUGCUUUGGGGACAACCAUGGCCCCAGUAGACACUUGUCCAGAGAAGACAUACUACAUCGGAGUAGGGGUUGCAGCCACUCUGGCAGGAGGCGGAGUACUGCUUGCUGGCGUCUAUAUAGUGAAAGCCAUCAAAAAACUAAUGAACACGGCCAGAUAUAACAUGAACAGUGUAUACCCAGACAUCGAGGUGCCGGACAGUGUGUCAGCGAUUAGAUUCAACCCUCGGCCAAAGAUUCAAUAAAAGGAUUUAGAGGGGAAUGCUUCCCUAAGUGCCUCCUGAAGUGUCAGUCCAAUAAGUUGCAAUUAUCAUAUAAAGGCCUUUACUACGUGGAACAGUGGGAGGAUUCAGUAAGAGCCAUGAACAGCGUGUGCUUUCAUAUCGUGUUUGGUCUAGAUGUAUUACGUUUUCAAUCGUUGAAUUGAAACUAUGACCCGCAGAUUUUGUGAGUGACGACUGCGGGGCAAGACACCUGCAAGACACCUCCCCUUUUCGUUAACACCUGGUGUCUUUACGGAUUUGUAAUCAUUUAUUGAUAUAGCAUCCAUCCGUAUUUUACGCCAAGUGGAGUCGGAUGAUUAAGACUGGUUAUCCUCUCGGACUAUGUUUAACAGGUGGUCACUUCUUUCAGACUGUCAAACCACAAAUAUUAAUGUACCCAUAUAAGGGACGAUCAUGUCGUGUAGAGAAGCCCUGGUCGUCCCUGUUUCACAAUGUAUAUAAUAGUCGUUCAAGUCACUAAUUUAUAAUCAAAUUUCCUAGACCAUGUGCAGCCCAUUUCUGGUGUC